AUGUCUUCAUUCAACGAGUUCACAAAUUCCUUCACUAAGAGAUUUCAAGAGUUAUCGACUUCUGUUUCUCAAAGGACUCAGGAACUCUCCAACAAUUUACCAACACUUGCCCAAUCAACUCAACGUUUAGUUCAAGAGAAAUUAGGUCAAGUCACUGAUAUUUCUCAAUUGCCACAAGAGUAUUUGGAAUUAGAAAAGAAAGUUGACUCGAUAAAGCUGAUCCACGAACAUUUCUUGCAAGUCACCUCGAUCUAUGAAAAUGAAUCAUAUGACUAUCCAAAGGUGAUUAAGGAUUCAGUUAAUGAUUUCUCUAAAACCAUGGCUGCUAAAAUUACUGACUUAUCUCAUGCAUCUUCUGCAUCAGAAGCUCAAAAUAUUCUAAUUUCUCCAGGCCCUAUCAGAGAUCCAAAAACUUUAAACUACGCUCUAAGCAAAGUUUCUUUAACUGCCAGUGAAGUCAUCAAUCAAGUCGGCUCUACUCCAAAUGAAUCUGCUUUAUCUUCAAAGUUACUAGAAUUUAGUAAUGUUCAAAGUAAAAUUGCUCAAGCAAGAUUACAGCAAGAUACAUUGAUUCAAACAAAAUUCAACAAGGCAUUAAGAGAUGACCUCUCAACAAGUCUUGCAAAGGCUAAUAAAUUCAGAAAGGAAGUUCAAAACAAAAGAUUACAAUAUGAUGUCGCAAGGACUAACCUAAUGAAUGCUAAACCAGAAAAAGAAGCUUCAUUGAGAGUAAAGAUGGAGUCAUUAGAAGACGAAUUUGCUCAAGCUACUGAAAAUGCAACAUUAGUUAUGCAGGAAGUAAUUGCUGGUUCAGAUUUCUUGACCUCCUUGAACCAAAUGGUUGCCGCUCAACUAGAGUAUUUCCAGACUUCAGCUCAACUAUUGCAGGAAUUUACCGAAAACAAUGCGGCACCAACUGACGCUUCAUCUGGUAAAGCCAAAACCGAGUCAAAGAGUAAUGUGCCAAUUGUUUUAUCAGAAGACGAGGAAUAA